AUGACUUUCUCCAUUUUAAUUUUGGCAACGGUCUUCAUCAUCAGUGGCCUCUACCUGCUGGGAAUGUUGCGUAUGAGAAGACCAGGAGAACCUCCACUGAUCAAAGGCGCAAUACCGUGGCUGGGAAACGUUCUCGAAUUUAAAAAUAAUGGGCAUGCUUUUCUGCAGGAGAUGCUGAAAAACCACGGGGACGUUUUCACAGUUCAGCUUGCUGGUCAUUACUUUACAUUUGUAAUGGAUCCCCUGUCUUUUGGGCCUGUUAUAAGGGAAGCCACUUCAGUGCUGGACUUCAAUGAAUUUGCUAGAGAAUCAGCAAUUAAACUCUUUGGAUAUCAUUCAACACUAAAUGAUUUACAUAUGUUAAAAGAAUCAAGUACCAAACAUCUCAUGGGCGAUGGCCUUGUAGUUCUGGCUCAGGCUAUGACGGAAAAUCUUCAAACCCUCAUGUUAUACAACAUGGGAAGGGUUAAGGGUGACAGAAAAUGGCUCCAGGGUGGGUUAUUUAACUUUACUUACAGUAUUAUCUUUAAAGCAGGUUACUGUUCCUUGUUUGGUAAUGAGCCAGUGAAGAGUAAAGGAAGUGAAAAAAGGGCCCAGGAUUGUGAUUGGGAACGUUCUGAGAAGCUAUUCCAAGAAUUUGUGAAGUAUGACCAGUUCGUACCACGUCUGAUCUAUUCGGCGCUUUCUCCAAAAGACAAGAUAGAAGCUGAGAGGCUAAAGAGGUUCUUUUGGCAUCGGUUAUCUGUAAAGCAAACUCUGCAAAAAGAAAAUAUCAAUGGUUGGAUCACUGAACAGAUUCGAAAGAGGACUGAAAUGGGGGUGCCAGAACACAUGCAAGACAGGUUUUUGUUUUCGCUUCUGUGGGUUUCUCAAAGUAACACAGGUCCUGCUUGUUUUUGGUUCCUCUACUAUUUAAUGAAAUACCCCGAAGCCAUGAAAGCAGUGAGGGCAGAGGUGGAAGGGGUACUCAAAGGAACUGGUCAAGAUAUAAAGCCUGGAGGUCCCCUUAUUAACCUCACCAGAGACAUGUUACGGAAGGUGCCCAUCAUGGACAGCGCUAUGGAAGAGACCCUACGCUUGAAAGCUGCUCCGGUUCUCACCAGAGUUGCCAAAGAAAAUGUGAAAUUCAAGAUGGCAAGCGGGAUGGAUGUUUCCAUCAGGAGAGAAGACAGGGUUGUCCUUUUCCCUUAUGUGUCUGUCCAGAUGAACCCGGAGAUUCACACAGAUCCUCAGAAGUUUAAGUACGACAGAUUCCUGAAUGAAGAUGGCACCAAAAAAACAGCGUUCUUCAAGAAUGGAGAAAAGGUGAAAUAUUACACCAUGCCCUGGGGAGCCGGGGGUUCCAUAUGCCCCGGUCGUUUCUUUGCUGUCAAUGAACUGAAACAGUUUGUGUUUCUGAUGUUGAGCUACUUUGAGUUAGAGCUUGUUAAUCCCAACGAGGAAAUUCCAAGUAUUGAUCCAAACCGGUGGGGUUUUGGUAUUAUGCAGCCAAAUAAUGAUGUCCAGUUUAGGUACAGACUCCGCUUUUAAUCUAAUACAGGUAUGGGAUCCCUUAUCCGGAAACCCGUUAUCCAGUAAGCUCCGAAUUACGGAAA